CAGACCUGCGAGUAACUGGGUCCGUGCUUAACCAAUUCAAGCGUUAGGAUUAAAUAGUACAUAUCUGCCUCUUGCAUCUUCUGGCUGCUCGUUAAUUCAGUAAUUAGUCAUUACCACCCGCUCCUCCACAUACCAGUGCCUUAAUGACCACUCGGCAACAGUACAUGAACAUCUAUGAGUGGUCACUGUGGAUCUUGCAGCUGGACAUUUGAUAAUCUUGGUGUUGCCAUCAUUAACUUUAGAACUGAGGAAUUGUUUUAAGUGAAAUACUUCGCUAUGAAUCAGACAAGGAAAAAUUUACACAGAGACCUACAGCCUGAAUCGACAUACGGGAAACAGAGCAGUGGUGACUUGCAGAGUCGGUUGAAGACGAGGAAACUACUUGGAGUAGGUGAAUGUGAAGAUGGCUCCGUGCCGCUAUCAAAGAUCAGUCAAAUUCUCGGCAGUGAUGAUCAUUAUAUUAUGAACAUGCCGGCCGGAUUAAGGUUAUGGCAAGUGACUACAGCUGUAGUAUUUACAUCAGUAUCUCUUCUGUGUAUUUUCUUUCCCGUAACCAUCUUUAACAUGUUAUUCUCCAGUGAGUGUGGCAAUGAUGCAGUUCUACCACUCAGGCUUUUUGGAGCUGCAAUCAUCUGUCUUGCCUUGUUGUUUUGGAGUUCAGUGAAGUCUCUGAGUCGUUAUAUCAUUAGAUGGACCCUGUUAGCUGAGGUCUUAUAUCUCUCGCUUCAAGUCACAGUGAUUUGGUUUACACUCUGGGAUACACACCAUCUCUCAUUCCCCAGCCUCCUCGUCUUGGUAACCAUGGCAAUGGCUAUCAUCAUCAGUCUCUAUUUCUACUCCAUCCUGGCUGGCAUCACCUUCAAGACCCUACUCCGAGGAAGAGCCCUCUUCGCUGACUUCACACAACACGAUAAAUGUGACUGAAAACAUUUACCCCAAACAAUGUGAUCGCAAAAACUUUCAAGAAGUCAACUCAUGGGCAAUUGUAAUACAGUCAAACCUGCUUUAAUGACCACCUGUCUACAAAGACCACCUGCCUACAAAGGCAACAUUUGUUGUUUCCCUCGAAAACGGUUUCUCAUUGAAUCAUGUACUAAAGAAACAUGUCUACAAAGGCCACUUUUUGUGUUACCCUUGGGCGGUUGCUAUAGACAGGUUUGUCUGUACCUUAUUGUAUCUUGUAUCGCCUACGGAUAUUCUGCUCGGAUUGUGUGGUAUGUUUUUUUAUGAUGUGUUCACGUCUCAAAAGGUGAUAGAUAAUUCCACUGAAAUUGCCGUAGGUUGAAUUUUUGAAAGUCGUUGUGAUCGUAUCAUGAAAGACAAAGAGGUAGAGAGCAAAGAAAAAUAUUUAUUUUUAAGAUUAGAGUUGUGGCUAAAAGUUGAGGAUGAAUUCAAAUUCUUGCAGUCGAAUUAUAUAUUUUGUAGAAACUGGUUUAAAUUCUUCCUGAUUUGCUUUUCAUGCAGUAGAUGGAUUUUGUGAAGAAAAAAAAUUAAGAUCACACUAUUGAUAACUUCCUGGACCAUAACCAUGGUUACUGAAAAGCAAACUCUUUGAAUGUUACUCGGAUUAUCAAGAACUCUACAAAUGUUUGGCAGACAGCAUCUCUAUUGUAAUUUAAACGUUCAGUGUAAUUUUUUUAAUAGAUUCUCCCAGAGCUUAUGUUCUCUUAUCAUAAUAAAGGAAGAUUAUAUUACAUCAUUUAUUAUACUUUUCGGAAUGCUAAGUUUAAGUUUUGAAAAGCUAAAAAAGUUGGUAACUUAUAUCAUGCAUGUAUUCUAAAAUGAGAGCUCAUUUGGUUGUCAUAGAAAAUUUUGGAUAAAAAAUGAAAUCAAUACUUUACAUUGGUGCUAGUACACAUGACUUGAUAAACCGGUCAUUUAGUUAUAUACAAUAAUCAAUUCCUUAUCCUAUACCUUCAGUUUUUUGUUUAAAUUGCAAUUAAAAAUUAAAGUACCUCUUAAUAAAAUAUAAAUGAUAUAUUUCUCUAAAUAUUCAUCAGUCUUGGAACACCGUUUGCUUCUAUAAAUGAACAAAGUGAAGAGCAUGUUAUGAAAGUAAAUCGUGAUAUAAUAUUAAGGAUAAAACAUUUUUUCAGAGUAUUAAUUAGUCUUGGAUCACCGUUUGAACCAAAUAUAACAGCAUAAUUUUAGCAAUAUUCGAUGUAAUGGCUUCAUUUUACUGUUCGAUGAGCACGUUUAUCACUUUUGCUUUAAAGGUAUAUAUUUUUGUAAACUUGUCAUGUAUACAUUAUUUGCUUUUCCAAAGACAGAUGCUUCGAAGAUUAAGAAGGGACGCGCUUAUUUAUUUCAGACUGAUUAGUUUUUUUUUUUAUCAAAAUGAUAAGUUUGCAGGCAGUUUGAUCAAACUUGUAUCGUUAAUGAUUUACUAAUCUUGUACUUGUAGUAAACACAUUUAUUAUACCCAAAGAAAUUUCAUCACGACCUGAAAGCCUAGCUGUACUUAAGUAUUUACAGACUGAUCUUUGUUUCUACUAGUAUGAUCAACAUUAAAUGUUUUUCCAGGCAAUGUGAUCAUAUUUAAAAUAAUGAAUUUGUGUUAUAAUUAUUGAUUUAAGCAUCAUGUUAUUGUGGUCAAAAACAUAUAUAAAAUACAGGAUUCGUGUAUAUAAUAUUUGUAGAUUGCAGUUUAAUCAGUGAUUAGUCUAAGUUUUUAUUGUUAUUGUAUUUUACAUUAAUCAAGACUGCACAUUAAUUGUGAAAUAUGUUUUUAAUUCAUUAUAUCAAUGUUUAAAUCUAAAUGAUAUUGUGCCUAAAAUAUUAAGAGGGAAAUCAAUCAUGUGUAAUUAUUGUACAUAACUGAAUGAUACUCUUUUGUUAUUUCAUAAUUAUCUUUUUUUAUACACAUUACAUAUAAUUAUAGAAAUUUUACAUAAAUGAUGUGAGGGCGGCUAGAUUUAAAUUGAAUAGUAAAGUUGUCAGUUUAUACAGUAUUAUGUACCCAUCCCAGAAACGUUCUCAGAUAACUGGAUGGAUAUAUCCCGAGUAUUGCAUGAAACCCGAUUGCGAAGACUUUCAAGAAACCAACUGAAAGGGCUAUUCCAAAACCCUGUUGCGUUGCCUGUACAUCAUUAUUCGAUUGUGUAAUACUUCAUUGUCACCUUUGUAAAUAUCAAUAGGUUACGCACGAUGCUAUUGGUAUUGUCUUUGUAUGACUUUGUUAAAGUUUUUGCAAAUUGUUUUAUCAAGAAAAGGAACAAGCAACAAAAAAGGAACAUAAAUGGGAGAAGAAAUGAAAGAGAAAAUCCAUGCAUGUGUAGGAAUGUGUAUGGAAAUUUAUUUGCAAACAUACACAUAUCACUCAUGUGACAUAACCAGCUUUUUUGUGUCCCAAUUGAAAAAAGCCCGAAACAUUUUUCUACCUUGUGCAGAAUGUUUGCAUUCUUUUGAAAACUAUUCCCUUUUAACUACAUUUCAACAACUUGGUAGAAGAAAAAUGGUUUGUCUUGUUUCCUCUAUAGUUAAAUCUCACAACUGUUUACAGCCCCAACGUAUUUAUUUUCUUUCUUUAUAAAUGUGCAAUAUCGCUGAAGGUACGUCUACUUGAACUGGACGAUCUCCUUUUUUAUAUGUGAUUUUUACAAAAAAGGAUCUAUGUAUGUACUAAGUGUAUGUACUAAUAUGUCAUUGCACAUUUGUUUGGUACACUUUUGUCCAUCUAAGUAUAUAGAUUUAGCUAAUAAAACCGACACUCACAAAU